AUGUCUAACAAUACUGUCGGCUCAUCGGGACCUGCUCCCGGCAAAAUACGUGGUCCAGGAAGGCCACCAAAACGUACGUGUACUUGGUGUGCUGAAAGUAAAACACCUCUGAAAUAUGUUUUACCAACUGAAAAUGGUAAAAAAGAGUUCUGCUCUGAAACGUGUCUUUCGGAAUUUCGACAAGCUUAUAGCAAAGGCGCUUGUCUUCAUUGUGAUAAUGUUAUCCGAGGUAAUGCUCCUUCAAGCAGUAAAAAUUUUUGUUCUACAUAUUGCCUGAACAAGUAUCAAAAGAAGACUGAAAAGAGAACAACUUCUCCACAGUCAGGCAAUGCAGCCAAUGGAACAGAAAAUAAUUCUAACAAUAAUUCUACUGGAGCUUUUUAUGAUAUUUAUCAGGCGUUUGAUUGGGGAGAGUAUAUGAAGAAAACCAAUAGUGCUGCAGCACCCCAAGAAUGUUUUAAGCAAGCACCAAACCCACCUGUGAAUGAUUUUAAAGUGAAUAUGAAAUUGGAAGCUUUGGAUCCACGCAAUCUGACUUCUACAUGUAUAGCAACAGUGGUGGGGGUUCUCGGUCCUCGUCUUAGGUUGAGAUUGGACGGUAGUGAUAAUAAAAAUGAUUUCUGGAGACUAGUGGAUGCUGGAGAUAUACAUCCUAUUGGACAUUGUGAGAAAAAUGAUGGUAUGUUGCAGCCACCUCUUGGGUUCCGAAUGAAUGCAAGCAGCUGGCCCAUGUUCCUACUUAAAACCUUAAAUGGAGCUGAAAUGGCUCCAGCUAAAUCAUUUCAGCCAGAGCCACCAACUCCACAGACAAACUUGUUUAUGGUAGGUCAGAAAUUAGAGGCUGUUGAUAAAAAAAAUCCACAGUUGAUAUGCUGUGCGACUGUUGGUGCAGUGAAAAAUGAUCAAAUUCAUGUGUCAUUUGAUGGUUGGAGAGGUGCCUUUGAUUACUGGUGCAAGUUUGAUUCCCGUGACAUAUUUCCUGUAGGGUGGUGUGCUAGAGCAGGGCAUCCUUUACAGCCUCCUGGUCAAAAGAGUGCUACUACACCAUCCAGAUUCAAGUUAAGACCUAAUGGUAUACCAAAUCCUGCAUUACCAGAAGGUGGGUCUACAGGGACCACCAAUUCGAACACCUCCACCACAGUAACCCCAGCUGCAGUUGUUCGCCUUUGCAUUCGUGGUAGUUGCUCUGGGGGUAGUAACCUUUUACCAAGUAAAGUGACUGGACCUGGACCUUCAGGGGCUGCUGAAGCUCUUGCAAAAGAACUGUUAAGUGUUCACCCUGACCCACCGAGAUUGACCCGGGCGAUAUUAACAGCUUCUAGCAGCUAUUCUAAUAUAAAUAAUGUGCAGAUAUCAUCUGGAUCUAAAAAUUACUCUGUAAAAGUACCAUCUGAGUUGAGUAUUGAGGAGCUGAAAAACUGGCUAAAAGCUGUUUGUGAAGGAGUGGGUUCCUGUGUGGGAAUGAUAGAAGUAGAUACAGGUGAUGCCGCUGGUCGCCCCUGUUCACUCUGUGGAGAGUCAACUUCUAAUAAUGUUACAUCUGCUUUAAAAAGAACAAGUGACGAUUUAGAGGUUAAUGUAAAUGGCGGAGAGUCGUCAGGCAAUAAAAUGGCGCGUGUAUCUCCCGACCGGCCGGAACCGGCGUCAUCGACUACCGGCGCGCCGCCACCGCCUUCUCCCGCGUUGCAGCCCGCCGAUUGGUCGGUGGAGGAUGUCAUUGGAUUCAUAGCCGCCGCUGAUCAGGUUCUCGCGGCUCAUGCCGAUUUGUUCCGAAAACAUGAAAUAGACGGGAAGGCUUUAUUAUUGUUGAAUUUAGAUAUGAUGAUGAAGUAUAUGGGUCUCAAAUUAGGUCCAGCAUUGAAAAUUUGCAAUUUAGCAUCAAAAAUAAAAAAUCGUCGGCACUAUAACACAUAA